AUGGCCGAAGUCCUUGAAGGCAUAUGUGGAGUGCACCAGGCUGGUCCUAAGAUGAGGUGGUUGGUUUGGCGCCAUGGGUAUUACUGGCCAACUAUGAUGACAGACUGUGUCAAGUACGCCAGGGGAUGUUGGGCAUGUCAGACCCAUGGACCGAUACAGCGGUUACCAGCAACAGAGUUUAAUCCAAUGGUCAAGCCGUGGCCUUUCAGGGGAUGGGCUAUAGACCUCAUAGGAAAGAUUACCCUGCUAGCUACACGGGGGCACUGCUUCAUUAUCGUGGCCACAUAUUAUUUCACCAAGUGGGUCAAGGCCGUGCCAAUGAAGGGAGUCAGUCAAGCCGAGGUCAUCCAGUUCCUCAAAAGUCACAUCAUUCAUAGGUUUGGGCUUUCAGAGACUGUCACCUGCAACAAUGGGAGCGUUUUCGUUGGGGAUGAUGUGGUGGCAUUCUCAGCUGAGUUGGAAAUAAAAUUCACCCAUUCCACCCCAUACUAUGCACAAGGCAACGGUCAGGCCGAGGCAAGUAACAAGAUUCUCAAGGGGUGUUUAGCGAAGGUUGUGGAUGACAACCCACGAAGAUGGGCAGACAUGCUCUCUGAGGUAUUCUGGGCAUUCAGGACAUCACAGUGGACCAAGACAGCCACUAUGCCCCUUGCGUUGACAUAUGGUAAUGAUGCAGUAUUACCCGUUGAGGUUAGCGUAAGAUCAGCAUGGGUAGCAUUCCAACAAGGACUCACGCCAAUAGCCUACAGCGAGGCCAUGAUGGCUAAGCUCGAUGACCUGGAAGAAGAGCGCAUGGCCGCACUGGACAGGAUGCAGGUUCAAAAGAACAAGGUAGCAGCCAUUUACAACAAAAGAAUAUCCCCAAAGCACUUCCAUGAAGGGGACAUUAUUUUGAAGGCCAUACUCCCGGUUGGGGCAAAGGACCCCAGACUGGGCAAGUGGUCCCCAACAUGGGAAGGACCCUUUACGGUCUCCCAUGUGCUCCGGGGUGGGGCCUACAGGCUGCGUGACUUGGAAGGAUGCAUCCAGAUCAGGCCGAUCAACGGUAAGUUCCUUAAGGCUUUUCAUCCUACGAUCUAG